CUAUGGAAAGUAGCUCCACUUGAUCAUUUUGUUCUUUUUUGUUUAGGAUUAGGAGUUUAUGGAAAUCUGAUGUAAAAACACAGAUAAAGAAGCCAAACCAAACUUGGAAAAUGGCAGGUUUCCUAGACAAUUUCCGAUGGCCUGAAUGUGAGUGUAUUGAUUGGAGUGAAAGAAGAAAUACAGUUGCUUCAGUGGUAGCUGGGAUCUUGUUUUUUACAGGUUGGUGGAUAAUGAUAGAUGCAGCAGUAGUUUACCCGAAGCCAGAAGAGAUGAACCAUGCAUUCCAUACUUGUGGAGUGUUUUCUACAUUAGCUUUUUUCAUGAUAAAUGCUGUGUCAAAUGCUCAGGUGAGAGGAGACAGCUACGGUGAUGGAUGUUUAGGAAGAACAGGUGCUCGUGUGUGGCUCUUCAUUGGCUUCAUGUUGAUGUUUGGCUCACUUAUCGCUUCCAUGUGGAUUCUUUUCGGAGCAUACGUUACUCAGAAUAUUAAUGUCUACCCAGGAUUAGCAGUGUUUUUUCAAAAUGCUUUGAUAUUUUUUAGCACCCUCAUCUACAAAUUUGGAAGAACAGAAGAAUUGUGGGCUUAAGCAUACAAAUUUUCUUCAUCAUGUUAAGAGAGUCCUGUAUGUAAAUAUAACUUAAGUUUUUGGUUGUUUUCUAUUUUGCCAUGUAUUACACAUUUUGUAUGUUCUCUUAUUUUUGGAAAGUGAACUGAUUUAAAUAUUCUGUUCCAAGUUGCUGUAUUUAGUUAUCUUUUCAAUAGAACAGAAUUGUGCAUAUUGUACAUAUUGUGGCUCUCUGGUAUACAUAAGAGUGAAUGUUAAAUUUACAUUGCAAUCAGCAGGUUUUCCUGUUCCAUUGUAUGGAGAAUGUGUUAAAGAGAUUCACAGAUUUUUCAAGAUCACAUGUUGCUCUUAAGCACAAAUGAGCAUAGUAAUGUCUUAUACUUCAUUAGCCAAAGGUUGAAACAUUGAUUAUAUGAUCAGAAAGUUCAGCUAAGGACUCUUACAAAAAUACCAUUUGCAGGGUUCUGGAAAGCAGCCAUUUUGUAAUGCAUGAAAAAAAUAAAUUCAAAUGUUUCUAAAACCUAUAGUAUAAAUCUAUGGUAUGAAUCUAAAACUUUACCCAAUAGUAAUUUGUCAAAAAUGUUCAAUUCUGCUGCAAAAUCUAUGUUGAACAAAGGCACAAUAUACCUAUGAAAAUUAAAAAAUGCAGUAAGAGCUCGCAUUUAGUUUGCUUAGCACAGCAUGCCUUAACAUUGAGAUUAAAUACUAAUAUGUUUGGCAAGGUGCAACAGAUUUCUAAGCAUGAAGCUCAUGGGAUUUCAGUAUAUAUAUAAAAAAACCCACCACGCUCAAUAAUGUAAAGUUUUGUUGAGACAUUACUGACAGACAUAUACAGACUGACUGUGAUUAUUUUAAUGCAAAAUCACAUUCUUAAGAAUGAUUCAGGGCAAAGGAGAUCCUGUAUUCUAAUUACUGCAGAGCUCCUGCUUUUCUAUUUUUUACAUGUUUGUAAGAAAGGAAUGUCUUCAGAUGUGACCUGCUGGAUUCCAAAUAAAAGGGGGAAGUGGGAGAAAUCAUUACAGUAUAUUUUUUAACUUCUCUAAUUGAACCUGUGGCAAGACUAUCAUUUUCCCCCCAAAGGACUGAAAGAGAGACAGAGAGAGAGAGAAAGAAAGAGAGAGAGAGAUGUAAAUGGUGUAAAUGUUGGAACGUGUGCUAGUGCAAUACUCCAUUAACCAGAAUUAGCUAUAUUCUUUACCCCCAAAUCUGAAUGGUAUACUGAAAUUCACAUCAAGCUGAAUCUCUCCAGGAUGAAGGACUUCGGCAAGAAAGAGUUGUGGGGAAAUGAAGAAUCAGGUGAGCUAGAAAUGCUUUCAUUCUGAUCGUUGCAGUCAGAAUGUCUAAGGGUCAGUUGGAAACCCUUGCAUGUUUUUGGGCUUCCCCCACCAUAUCUGUAAGGUAAAUAGGCCUGUUAUUGAUGAUUUUAUAAAACCAUUUACAUUUACAGACAUCAGAGCCUUCAGAGGACAGUCUAUGAAGCAAAUAUUUAAGCUGAGAGUUGUCCUGUGAUGUCAUAUAUAUUUGUACCGUGUUUUCCCGAAAAUAAGACAGGGUCUUAUAUUAAUUUUUGUUUCAAAAUGCAUUAGGGCUUAUUUUCA